AUGACUACGGGGGUGGCUGGCAUCGGGAAAACAGUCUUAACACAGAAGUUCACUCUGGACUGGGCUGAAGACAAAGCCAACCAGGACAUCCAGUUCACAUUUACAUUCACCUUCAGAGAGCUGAAUAUGCUGAAAGAGAAAGUGUUCAGCUUGGUGGAACUUGUUCAUCGCUUCUUUAGUGAAACCAAAGAAGCAGGAAUCUGCAGGUUUGAAGAGUUCCUGGUUGUGUUCAUCUUUGAUGGUCUGGAUGAGUGUCGAUUUCCUCUGGACUUCCUCAACACUGAGAUCCUGACUGAUGUUACUGAGUCCACCUCAGUGGAUGUGCUGUUGACAAACCUCAUCAGGGGGAAUCUGCUUCCCUCUGCUCGCCUCUGGAUAACCACACGACCUGCAGCAGCCAAUCAGAUCCCUCCUGAGUGUGUUGACAUGGUGACAGAGGUCAGAGGGUUCACCGACCCACAGAAGGAGGAGUACUUCAGGAAGAGAUUCAGAGAUGAGGAGCAGGCCAGCAGAAUCAUCUCCCACAUCAAGACAUCACGAAGCCUCUACAUCAUGUGCCACAUCCCAAUCUUCUGCUGGAUCACUGCUACAGUUCUGGAGAAGGUGUUAAAGACCAGAGAGGGAGGAGAGCUGCCCAAGACAUUGACUGAGAUGUAUAUCCGCUUCCUGGUAGUUCAUUCCAAACGGAAGAAUGUCAAGUAUGAUGGAGGAGCCGAGAAGGAUCCACAUUGGAGUCCAGACAGCAGUAAGAUGAUUGAGUCUCUGGGAAAACUGGCUUUUGAGCAGCUGCAGAAAGGCAACCUGAUCUUCUAUGAAUCAGACCUGACAGAGUGUGGCAUCGAUAUCACAGUAGCCUCAGUGUACUCAGGAUUGUUCACACAGAUCUUUAAAAAAGAGAGUGAACUGUACCAGGACAAGGUGUUCUGCUUUGUCCAUUUGAGCAUUCACGAGUUUCUGGCUGCUCUUCAUGUCCACCUGAAAUUCAGCAACUCUGGAGUCAACCUGCUAUUGGAGAAAUGGAAAGACAUCUGUUCUAAACUUUUUAGACACAAAUCAAUACGUUUCUACCAGAGUGCUGUUGACAAGGCCGUACAGAGUCCAAAUGGACACCUGGACUUGUUCCUCCGCUUCCUCCUGGGUCUUUCACUGGAGACCAAUCAGGCUCUCCUACGAGGUCUGCUGACACAGACAGAAACUAUGUCAGCGACAAACAAGAAAACAGUUGAGUACAUCAAGAAGAAGAUGGAUGAGGAUCUAUCUGCAGAGAGAAGCAUCAAUCUGUUCCACUGUCUGAAUGAACUGAAUGAUGGUUCUCUAGUGGAGCAGAUCCAACAGUCCCUGAGAUCAGGAAGUCUCUCCGCAGAUAAACUGUCUCCUGCUCAGUGGUCAGCUCUGGUCUUCAUCUUGCUGUCAGAGAAAGAUCUGGACGUGUUUGACCUGAAGAAAUACGAGGCUUCAGAGGAGGCUCUUCUGAGGCUGCUACCAGUGGUCAAAGCCUCCAAUAAAGCACUUCUGUCAGGCUGUAUGAUCUCAGAGAAAGGCUGUAUAUCUCUGGCCUCAGCUCUGAGGUCCAACCCCUCCCAUCUGAGGGAGCUGGACCUUACCUAUAAUCAUCCUGGAGAAUCAGGAGUGGAGCUGCUGUCAGCAGGACUUAAGGAUCCUAACUGGAGACUGGAAACUCUCAGGAUGGACAAUGGUGGACCGCAGAGGUUGAAACCUGGUCUGAGGAAGUGUGAGUGUGUUUUAAGUCAGAUUUAUUUUAUUCACUAA